CAGUGCAUGCUGGGGGAUUCCGAUGCGGAAGGAACCAAAACUACCGAGGUUGUGGUUUUGUACACAGCCGAAAACCUCCUAGAAAUGUGACUCCUCGUCGUCCGAUCUCGCACCCCUGUAGUAGGAGAGAGCCUUCAGAGUUCUAGCCGCCAUUAUGGCCCCCGUGAGCCGGUUGGAUAUGUGGGCAUCCCUGUCUGCAUGUACACCCGUAGAUGUGGACUGCCUUCUUCCAACUGGAGUGCUCAUCCCUAUCGAAGUACGUAUCGAAGCCACACUUGGGGAAAUAAAAAACAAGCUAUGGCGGGAAGCAGCCAGCUAUCCUUUAUUCAAUCUCCUGAAAGAGAUGUCCAGUUAUGUCUUCGUGUGUGUGAAUUUACAAGGCAAACAAGAAGAACUAGUUGAUGAAAAUCGGCAACUGAUAGACGUUCGGCCUUUCCGUCCUAUGCUUAAGCUGAUCGAGAAAAAAGGCGAUCGUGAAGAGAAAUUAUUAAGUUCUAAAAUUAGUGUCUUGAUUGGAAAAAACCUUCAUGAGUUCGACCAAAUGAAAAACCCCGAAGUCGAUGAAUUCAGGCGAAGAUAUGCCGAAUAUGUUGAAGGGAUUGCUAAGGAGCGAAGCAAGUUGGACUGGGAGGGAAGGGCCAUGUAUGCUUACCCAGUAGAAAUAGAACAGAGCGAAGAAACCCCGGCUUAUGUCGCCCAAAAGCUAAAUGAAAAUCGCAGGUUCCUGAUCAGCGUAGCAAUAAGAAAUAAUAGGGCAUCAAUGAAGGAUAUGCAUGCUUUCAAUGUAUCAGCUGAUACUUUUCCAGAGGAACUAUUGGUAUUAGUUUUGAAGAAAAGAGGGGCUAUCAUGGGUGUCCAAGAUUUUGAUAACCCAAAAGACUAUGUACUGAAGAUUGUUGGCAGAGAAAGCUAUCUUUUGGGGGAGUACUCUUUGUUGCGAUACAGGUACAUCAGUGAAUGUAUAGCCCAAGGAAAAAGACCACAGUUGUCAUUAGUGCGACGGGUUUCGUUAGGAGUGAACGAGCUCAUGGAUGUUAGCGGCAAGUCUGGUAUUCAGCAUAGACCACCCCCACCACUGCCUCCAAAGGUGGAGAGUGCAGAGCUUUCUCUUUGGAGUAUUGAAACUCAGUUGAGAGUUAAAAUCUUGUCUGCAGAUAAUAUCAAUGUUGGUGAUGUUAUGAUGGUUGGAGUCAGGGGAGCAAUUUACCAUGGCAACGAAGUGCUCAGUGACAUCAAACAGACAAAACCCCAAAGCGGCAACAAACCUUUGUGGAAUGAGUUCAUCAACUUGAACAUUCUAGUGUGUGAUAUUCCCCGAAUGGCACGCUUGUGCCUAGUGUUGUUUGGUGUGUAUGUGAAAGCUGCUGCCAGAAGAAAGAAAAAGAAUCUUGAUUAUAUCCCUCUGGCUUGGGUAAAUGUAACAUUGUUUGAUUUCCGCGGUAACCUGCGACAAGGACCCCUCACCAUACAUGCCUGGCCAGUUCCAGAGACCAUGCCAGAUCUUCUAAAUCCAAUUGGUACUGUGGUGUCCAAUAUCAAUACCAGUACUUCACCUUGUCUGGUGAUUGAGUUCCAACGCUACGCAAACAAUGUUGUUUAUCCUGCUUAUGACAAGAUUUUACAGCUUGCAGCAGAAACAACAGACCAGGAGAUAUUUAAAAAAACCGGAGACAAUGAGCUUGAGCAAUUGAGACAAGUCAUUGACAGAGAGCCCUUGGCACCAAUCUUUGAGUUGGACAAAGAGUUUGUCUGGAGGGCAAGGAUGGAGUGCAGGGAUUAUUAUCCUCAUAGCCUGGGCAGGCUUUUAAGUUGUGUCAAGUGGAAUUGCAAGGAAGAUGUGGCACAGAUGCAAGUGCUGCUACAAAUAUGGCCUGAGAUGCACCCUGAGCUGGCUUUAGAACUCUUGGAUUGUAACUAUGCUGAUCAAAAAGUUCGAGAGUUUGCUGUUCGCUGUAUUGAGAAAAUGGGGGAUAGUGACCUGAUGCACUAUAUGCUGCAGUUAGUUCAGGUUUUGAAGUAUGAAUCAUACCUUGACUGUGAGCUUGCCAGAUUCCUACUGAAGCGAACACUGAACAAUCAGAACCUAGGACAUGAGCUGUUUUGGUUACUGCGUGCAGAGAUGCAUAACCCUGAGGUGUCUGUGCGGUUUGGACUUAUGCUUGAAGCUUACUGCCGUGGAUCACCAGCUCACAUGAAGAGCUUACAGAAACAGCUUGAAGCCCUGAACAAGAUGAAGACAAUUUCGAGCUUGUUACAACAUGUGGAUCGUGACAAGAGAGCUCAAGGGCUUCAGACAAUGAAAGAGUGCUUACAGCAGAAGACGUACCAGGAUGCCUUAUCAAGGCUGACAUCUCCACUCAACCCAAGCUAUAGACUCAAGCAACUUAAGGUUGACAACUGCAAGUAUAUGGACUCCAAGAUGCGACCACUGUGGCUCGACUUUGAAAACUUUGAUGAGCUAGGUGAACCAGUGAAGAUCAUCUUCAAGAGCGGGGAUGAUCUCCGUCAAGAUAUGUUGACUCUACAGUUGAUCAGAAUUAUGGAUAGGCUAUGGAAGAAAGAUGGGUUGGACUUGGAGAUGAUCCCAUACGGGUGCCUGAGCACGGGUGAUCACGUUGGCAUGAUAGAGGUGGUGACGAACUCCGAGACCAUUGCUAAGAUCCAAAUGAAGCAGAUGGGUGCUAUCACCGGAGCCUUCAACAAGACUUGCAUCUUGGACUGGCUUGCAGACAGGAACGGCUCUAAGGAAGCACUGGUCGAGGCAACACACAGGUUCAUGCUGUCCUGUGCGGGGUACUGUGUGGCAACGUAUGUCUUGGGUGUCGGAGACAGACAUAGCGAUAAUAUCAUGGUCCAUGAGAACGGACAGCUGUUCCAUAUCGAUUUCGGACACUUCCUCGGGAACUUCAAGAACAAGUUUGGCAUUCGAAGAGAGCGUGUCCCGUUUGUGUUGACAGACCACUUCGUCCACGUGAUCACUCGUGGUAACGACAACACCGAGGGAUUCCAAGAGUUCCGUCGUAUUUGCGAGCAGGCGUUUCUCGUUCUGCGUAGGCGCGGCUCCCUCCUCAUUAACCUAUUCGUGAUGAUGCUCUCGGCUGGAAUCCCUGAGCUGCGCUCGCUGGACGACAUCGGUUAUCUCCGCAAAACUCUCAACCUGAACGUGUCCGAGGAGAAAGCUUUAGAGUACUUCAAUAGAAAGUUCAACGAAGCGGUGGACAACAGCUGGAAGACCAGCAUUAACUGGGCUAUCCACAACAAGGUUCGCGACAACCCUUAGCUUCCACGUGAACGUAGGUGACUUUUCACGUGAUCACAAGUGACCUCCACGUGUUUUUAUAUGUAAUCAUAGCAGAGCCUAAACUGGGCUAUCCUUAACAAGGUUCGCGACAACCCUUAGCUUCCACGUGAUCAAAACUUACCUCCACGUGUUUUUUUAUUUGACCAUCAUCUGAUAACUAUGUUAAGAGUUCGUUAGCUUUCACGUGGUCAUUAUGACUGUCCAUGUGAUCCAUUAGUGAGGGCAAAAUAAUAAUAGGGGAAAAUAAGCAGAUAGACGCCCUAGCUUACCGAAGAGUAAAUAAAGAGAAUAUCGGAUAUUCAAUAUCUACACGAUCGUGGAUAAUAUGAAAAAAAUAGAAAUGUUUAAACCGAAAAUUAAAAAAAACAAUAUAUAAUAGAUAGAACAAAUAAAACAUACUUUUUGUACAAAGUGAGCAAUUUAACGUAUUGAUUUAAACAAAAUGUAAUUUUACCC